ACCUUGAGCCCGGCCAGGCUGCCCAGCCAGGCUGGUGCCCCAGAGACGCGAGGGCGGCGGCCAGGGCGAGGCCGGGGGAAGGCGAGAACCGAGAUGUGGGCGCGGCCGCGGCGACCAGGGCGCGCGUGAGUCCUGUGCUGCUGUGCAGCUGCUGCUUCCUGGGCUGGGCCUGGGCCCCGGGCCCCUGCAGGGCUCCUGUGAGAGAUGGCGGCGGCCAUGGCCAUGCCCAGCGACCUGUGGGCGCACCACGGUGGCCCCCGGGUCGCGUACCAGUGGGGCGCGCCUCCAGGGGGCGGCGGCGGCUACCGCGGCGGUGGAAGCGGUGGCAACGGCUCCGUCGUGGACAAGGUGCUACCCGACAUGAUGCACCUCAUCGACUCUCACUGGCACCAGUUUCCGCCUAUGAACCCCAUGUGGCACGCCAUCCUGGGCUUCGUCAUCGGCUGCCUGGGCGUCGUGGCCAUCUCUGGCAAUGGCAUGGUCAUCUACAUCUUCACCUCCACCAAGGCGCUGAGGACGCCGUCGAACCUUUUAGUCCUGAACCUGGCCUUCUCAGACUUCUGCCUGAUGUUCUGCAUGUGUCCGGUCAUGGUGAUCAACUGCUACAACGAGACUUGGGUCCUAGGGACGCUUAUCUGCGAUCUCUACGGCUUUGCGGGAUCACUCUUCGGUUGCACGUCUAUCUGGUCCAUGGUCCUCAUCGCCAUCGACCGGUACAACGUGAUUGUGAAGGGCCUCGCCGCCAAGCCUCUGACCAACAAGCGGGCCGCCUGCUGGCUGCUAUUCGCGUGGAUGCUCUCCCUUGUGUGGACCAUCUUCCCUUUCUUCGGAUGGAACAGAUACGUCCCCGAAGGCAACAUGACGGCGUGUGGGACCGACUAUUUGACCAGAGACUGGUUCAGCCGGAGCUACAUCCUUGGGUACUCGUACUUCUGCUACUUCCUGCCGCUCAAAGUCAUAAUCUACUGCUACUGGUACAUCGUGUCGGCCGUGUCGGCGCACGAGAAGAGCAUGCGGGAGCAGGCCAAGAAGAUGAACGUGGCGUCGCUCAGAUCGGCGGACGCGCAGCAGAAGAGCGCGGAAGGCAAGCUGGCCAAGAUUGCAUUGAUGACCAUCUCGUUGUGGUUCAUGGCAUGGACGCCAUACCUCAUCGUCAACUACGUUGGCGUGUUCGACGGCCACUCGAUCAUCACGCCUCUCAACUCCAUCUGGGCGUCGCUGUUCGCCAAGGCCAACUCCUGUUACAACCCCAUCGUCUAUGGGAUCAGCCACCCCAAGUACCGCGUGGCGCUGUACAAGAAGUUCCCCUGCCUGGCGUGCUCUACGGAGCCCGAGGGUGGUGGAGGCGGGGGCGGCGGCGGAGGCGGCGGCGACACCAGCUCCGUGGCUUCAGGCGUGACGGCCGUGAGCAACGAGGACCACUGAUGGGGACUCAUCACGCAUUUGUUUUUGCUCGUGGUGGAAAUGGAAAAACAGGCCUGAAUCGCAAUGGCGGCGAUCUCCGAGAGACGAACGAUAGCGGAGGCGAGUCUCCCAUCCCAGCCUUUCUUGGAAAAGGGCAAAAUGACUCGCGGGAACAUGCGCUCUCCGCGUUCGUAACAUCGGGUGCUACAACAAAGAUUUACUCAAUUACUCAAAAAACGGGCACUUCUCCCUCCGUACGAAGCUUUUAUAAUUUGCAGAUGAUUAUUGAUGUCUCCUGGGGAUUCCACAAAGGACGAGAUGGGCUCCGUAGCAUUCUAAAUAACUUGCGCGACGGGCUGUCCAGGAAAAUAGGCAUUUAUUUACCCAGCAUAGACAAAACAUCAAGGGUCUCCUGCACAUUAUUUCAUUGUAAUGUACUCAUCGUAGUAUUGGAUAUCCUCAUGUGAUAAAUAGAUUUUGAACUGCAUUUUUGUAAGGAAUUUUAAUUAGUCUAUUUAUUACAGUUACGAUUUAGUUGCAGCUAUACCAUACACUACUAUUUCUGGCGAUUUUUUUUACGAUUGAUAUGGCGAUGACCUGGUCUACGAGAUGGAACUUGGGCAUUAAUCUCUAAGUGCAGCUUCGAUGUGUCAUUGCUAGCCCGAGUGAUUCAAUUGUUAACAAACAUCUUGUCAGUGAUACGAUUGAUGUUUCCCGAUUUUUUUACUUCAACAGGUAUAGCAAAAACUCUGUUUCGGUACUCAGUACUGUCGUGAAAUCACGUCCUUUGCUCUGGUUGCUAACAUUUUUCUUACUCGGGGUUUAGUCAUUUUUGUACAAUUCUAAUACAGUGAACAGUUUUUUACUCACCUCGUAAAAUCAUUUUCUAACCAAAGAAUGAUUGUUCUCUCCUGUUUACGGACAUAGCGGCUUUGUAAUGGCCCUCCUGAAAAAAAUAAAUGAAGCAGACAUUCGCAAAGCGA